CGCUGCGUUUCAUUUUGUGUACUCUCUCUCUCUCUCUCUCUGGCUUGCAAUUAGGGUCGCGGGAGUCAGCGCUUGAAAUCGACGGCUUUUUAUAGUCGGAGAAACGGACGUCUCUGUUUUAAGGUCUCAAAAAGAACACUGAAAUCUUAGUGGAGAUGCCUGUGGAAAUCCAGAGUUAAAAUGUCAUUCCCGACAACAUCCAGCGGGCAUUAGUGGGUAGAUGGGGCAGCGAAAACAAUGAGCCCGUGUGUGCCGGCAAGAUGCAGCCACCGCCGGACGACCGGAACGUGUGGGAUGUGACACUUUAUCGAGCUUUGUUUGGUGCAUAGUGCAAAGCAUAACCAUUAUGGGAAGCAGAGUGGAGUAUGAAGCUGGCCCCGGUGGUUGAACAGGGCUGCAAAGAAUGCACUUCUCCAGGGUUGUAAUCAGCAAACUCUGUUUCUUGCUGUCCCUCGCCUUUUCUGCCUUCCUAUUGGUCCUGAUUCCUGGCCUCCAGCCUCUGCGAAGACCAGGUCACCUUCCCCAGCCAAGGCCUCAAAAUAAGUCAGGCGGGGGACAAGGAGGCAGCAGCAGUUGGACUCCGGUGGGGUUGAAAAUCCACAAUGACAAGUCUAUAGCUGUAACCUGGGGAAGAAAAAGUAAGGCUGGAAACUCUGAAUUCAUGGGCAGAAACGUCAGUGGUCAUGCACCUCCUAGGAGAGGCGCACUGGAUCUAAACAACCAGCAGCAGUUGCCCAGUAAUGAACCCUUACAUUUAGAGGACAUUUUUAUUGCUGUGAAAACAACAAGGAAAUACCACAAGUCUCGGCUAGAUCUGCUGUUUCAGACUUGGAUAUCGAGAGCCAACGAAGAAACUUUCAUAUUUACAGAUGGAGAAGACAAAGACCUCAGAAUAAAAGCAGGAGAUCGUCUGAUUAACACCAACUGUUCAGCUGCUCACACUCGCCAGGCCCUGUGCUGCAAGAUGUCUGUGGAAUACGACAAGUUCAUUGAAUCUGGGAAAAAGUGGUUCUGCCAUGUGGACGAUGACAACUACGUCAACCUGGUCAGUCUGAUACGCUUACUCUCCAGGUAUUCCCACACUCAAGAUGUGUAUCUUGGGCGGCCCAGCCUGGAUCACCCCAUAGAGGCACCGGAAAGAGUCAAAAGUGAUGGCCUGGUAUCGGUAAAAUUCUGGUUUGCAACAGGUGGUGCUGGAUUCUGCAUAAGCCGUGGAUUGGCCCUAAAAAUGAGUCCUUGGGCCAGCUUGGGGAACUUUAUCAGCACUGCAGAGAAAAUUCGGCUUCCUGACGACUGCACCAUUGGCUACAUUAUUGAGGCCUUACUGGAGGUUCAAAUGAUUCACAGUCAUCUCUUCCACUCUCACCUGGAGAAUCUACAGCGACUUCCCACUGAGGCUGUACUUCGACAGGUAACGCUAAGCUAUGGUGGCAUUGAAAACAGGAGAAAUGUCGUCAGCAUAGGAGGAGCUUUUUCUUUGCAGGAGGACCCUUCAAGGUUCAAGACAAUCCACUGCCGUCUCUACCCAGAUACUGAAUGGUGCCCAAGCAAGAAGAGAACGUGAUGUCAAGCAUUCUGUCCACACCCAGAUGUCUGAACCCGUUUCCAUAAAACUUUUUUUUUUUUUUCGCAAUUAGAAUGAGAUGAAAAUGAACUAACUUAAUUUAUAAAAGUUUUGUAUAUAGCGCAAUGAGAAAGUUAUUUAAACUAAAAAUCACCAUAAAGACAAAAACAGCAGCACUGGGGAUCUCCAGGAGAGCAAGAAUCGAGAUUUUCAUUAUUUUGAUCAGGAAUUUGGAGGAACAAGGUGACCAAUGCCACAGGGUGGUGUCUGCAGAUGUCGAGCUCAUUCAUCUGAAUGGAAAUUCAAAUUUCAAACUGGAAGCGACUCCCAUAGAUACUCCACUCUGCAGGACAGCGUGGUUUGUGUUCUUUUAUGCACGUUUCUAGGCUUUCUUUUUCUGAGCCUAGCUGAAAAGUUGAGAUAUAUAUAUAUAUAUAUAUAUAUAUAUAUAUAUAUAUAUAUAUAUAUAUUUUUUUUUCUGUAAACUUAGUUUGCAUUUCAAUUUUAUGUUGGAGUCAUUUUUGUGGUAUGGUUAAUUCGGUGCAAUAUACAAUAAGUGGAAGGAUCUUUAAAAGCACAUUUGCUGCUAUUUGUUUUUCUUGAAGCAAAUGAUUUUUGUUUUUUUUAUAAAAUGUAAAAUGAAGAAUGAAGGUCUUGCAUUUCUAUAAAUUCAGCACACGCGAUCCUUCGGGUUGCUCUGUGCAUGAAAGUAUCGGUGCUCAGCUAGAAUGCGCCAUUUUCUUUUUUUUUUUUUUUGGGAUUGUGAAGAACAGCCUGCAAAGGAAUUCUUUUUUUUUCCAGAGUUGCGUUUCGCUAGUCUUACAGUACCUGCUCUUUCCUGGUUGGAGUCGCAGAGGGAUAACUUGGUGCCAAGUGGAAGUGAGCCACGCUGUGUAGACCUCACCCCAUCAGCUGGCAUGUUGUUUGAUGUUCGCUGCUUUCCACUCUGAGGAGACACAAGUGCCGUCGUCUUCGCCUGCGGGGUAAGAAAAAUAAGAUGAGCGGGAGCCGUUGUUGGCACUGCCAGUGAAUAGUUAUUGCUGAGAUUCAGAUUGAGAGAGACACAUCCUUGAAAUAUCGUCACAAAUGUGAUUGGCAACAAAGAGGGUAACAGAACUGUUUUACGGGAUUGUAAUUUUUGCCUUUUCCGGCUUGAUAUGCAUAUUCUGAUAACUCCGAGUGCGCCACACACUCCCAAGGCUUUGUGACAGCCAGGCCAGGCCAGGCCCUUCAGUGGCUUAUUCACCCCGGCAUUGAGUCUGUGGAAACAGAGGGAUUUGGUUGUUCUCUCUCUCUCUGUCUACCUGCUCUUUUCUUCUUCUUAGAGACGGCUGGACUGGCAUUUUUAAGAAAAUGAGAGCUGAUCAUGAGCCCCUCAGCUGCCCCUAGAAGACAGUACUGUAAGUGCGAGUGUCAGCAUUACCUGUAAAUCACUGCGUGUGUAAUAAAGGCCGUCCCUGUCACAGAUGAGCACAACUCCUUAAGUGUGAAACUAAGCGAAAACGUCGGCACGUUCUUAUGGAGCAGAAGCGGACCAAAGGAUAUGAAAACACAACACAAUCUUUUAAAUAUACAUCAGCUGUUUAUGUGCCAUUAUGUCGUGAGGAGAGCUCAAGUGUUUAAAAGGCUAGGCAGCGCAGCAGGGAGCGAGUUCAUCGGUUUUAAAAAGUAUUUUCCGGUGCCAUUCAUGAAUAAAUAUGAAUAAUAACAAGUAUUCCUUAAAAAAAGAGCUUCAACUUGUAAGUACCGUAUAUGCUUUUUAGGCAGAGAGCUUUCACUUUCAAAUGAGCCCCAAGUGCUUGAAGGUAAGGAUAAACUUAAUCGCAGGUUUCCGAAUAUGCAAUUAUUUUCAAUUCUACAUGCUGCCAAGGCAGUUCUUUUGUACUGCAGCUUUUCAAUUCCUGCUUUUUUUUUGUGACAAAUGCACAAUCUCCAUAGUUACAAAGGCUAUAGCUGCCUGUAAAGAGAAAAUUCUCGGGCAUAGUAUGGCUCUGACUGUUGCCUUUUCUCUUGUUAUCUUUUUACGGAUUUAACUUUAAUUCUUAGCCUACAAAAGGUGUACUUUUCAAAGUUGGCCGCAUUGUAUUGGAAUUCUUUGCACAAGGGAGGCACUGAACAGGCUGAUGCAAAAGUGUAUGUAAUGCUGCAUACUUCUUUUUGGGAGCCAAAAACGUGAAUUCAAAUAAAAGUCAAAUGCCAAAACGAA